AUGUCGCCGAACGCAUGUCACCUCACCGACGAGCUCUCCCACGACGAUCUCACCGACGAGCUCUCCCGCGACGAUCUCAUCGACGAGCACUCCCGCGACGAUCUCACAUCCGAGUUCUCCAGUGACGACCUCAACAUCAAGCUCUCCAAGAGUUCAGCACGUCAUGUCACCUCAUCGACGAGCACUCCCGCGACGAUCUCAAAUCCGAGUUCUUCACUGACGACCUUAACGUCAAGCUCUCACCUCACCGACGAGCUCUCCCGCGAUGAUCUCACUGACAAGCUCUCCCGCGACGAUCUCACCGACGAGCCCUCCCGCGACGAUCUUACAUCCGAGUUCUCCAGUGACGACCUCAACGUCAAGCUCUCCAAGAGCUCAGCACGUCACAACUCAGUUAGGCACGUCACCUCACCGACGAGCUCUCCCGCGACGAUCUCACCGACGAGUUCUCCCGCGACGAUCUCAUCGACGAGCGCUUCCGCGAUGAUCUCAUAUCCGAGUUCUCCAGUGACGACCUUAACGUCAAGCUCUCACCUCACCGACGAGCUCUCCCGCGACGAUCUCACCGACGAGCUCUCCCGCGACGAUCUCACCGACGAGCCCUCCUGCGACGAUCUCAUAUCCGAAUUCUCUAAGAGCUCAGCUAGGCACGUCACCUCCCCGACGAGCUCUCCCGCGACGAUCUCACCGACGAGCCCUCCUGCGACGAUCUCAUAUCCGAAUUCUCUAAGAGCUCAGCUAGGCACGUCACCUCACCGACGAGCUCUCUCGUGA